AUGGCUAACACCAGGCGUGUGCUGAUGUGGGGGCUGCUAGAAAAACACAAGUUCUCGGUUGUGAAAGAAAGGCAGGAGGGACUACUGGAAUCAAUCAGAGAACACCACCGAAAAGUCAGGAAGGAGGCCAAAAAACGUGGACGCAAAAAGCCCAAGAAAGAUCCUGGUGUUCCCAGUGCUGCACCAUUUAAGGAAGAGCUUCUACGGGAAGCGGAGCAAAGAAAGCAGAGGGGAUCCUCUGGCAAAUCUAAAGCAAAGACUAACAAACUGCUGGAUAAAAAUUCAAAGAAAUCAUUUUGCAGGGAGCUCAAGAAGGUGAUUGAGGCCUCAGAUGUGGUUCUAGAGGUUUUAGAUGCAAGAGAUCCAAUGGGCUGCCGGUGUCCUCAACUGGAGCAAGCUGUAACUUGUUCUGGAGGAGACAAAAAGUUACUGUUGGUUCUGAACAAAAUUGAUUUAGUGCCAAAGGAGAACUUAGAGAAAUGGUUGAAUUAUUUGAAGAAGGAGUUUCCAACAGUUGCUUUUAAAUCGGCAACAAUGAUGAAGGACAAGACUAUGCCGGAACAGUUCACAAAAAGACGUGCUCGUGUUGAUUUAUCAAGAACCACUGAAUGUUUUGGAAGCAAAUGCCUUUUGAAACUUCUUCAAGAGCACGGCAAGACUCAAAACAAAGUCAUUCAGGUUGGGGUAGUAGGUUUCCCUAAUGUGGGAAAGAGCAGCAUAAUCAACAGUCUUAAAGGAGUUCGUGCUUGCAAUGUUGGCCUAGCAAGAGGUGUUACCAAGUCCAUGCAAAUUGUGCACAUUGAUAAGCAGACCAAGAUGUUAGACAGUCCAAGUAUAAUUGCAGAUCCUUCCAACAGUGCCCUGGCUCUGGCCUUGAGAAGUAUCAUAGACACUGAAGAAUCGGGCUCAGCAGAUGUGCUUGAAGGAGUAGAUGCCAUUCUAAAUCACUGCAGUAAACAGCAGGUAAUGAUGCACUAUAGUAUCCCAGAUUUCAGGAACACUGAGGAGAUUUUAACUUUACUUGCCCAGAAAAGGGCUUUAAAAUACCCCAGUCCAGCAAGUAGCAUCAUUUUCCAGUCAGCUGGUAUGGCAAAUGGGACAAUAGAGGAAAAUGAAGUGAUAGAGGUAGCAUCAGAGUGGGAAAACCUGGAAACAAGCAAGGAGGGGAAGGAAGAAGAGGAGGAGGAUUUCACAGAAAGUGAUGAUGAUCAAGACGAUGAAGAAGAAGAAGAAGAAAAGGAUGUCAAAGAGGAAACCAAAGUUCAGGUCACCAGGAAAGCAAAACUUGGAAAACGACAAACAAAUCCUACAAAUUCAGAAAAGCAGAUAGCAGAAAGUGAACAUUCCAAUUCACUAUCAUUCAGCUUGGAUAAGACAGCAGAUGAAGAUGAUGCCUACGAUUUUAAUACAGACUAUGUGUAA